CAGUAUAACGAAGUAUGAAAACUGGGUAUUCAUUUUGAGAUUUCCUAAAGAUUACAACAGUGUUAUUAAAUUAUUAGUGUUUUUAAUUAUCAGCUUUGAGGAAAUAAGCAUGUACAAUAUUGGCCGAUUCAGAUUAGGCACCGAUACAUCAUGCAUCUAUAAUCUAAUCAUCGCCUGUCAUCUGAUGCCUAUUAUCUGCUGGCAAUGACUUUUGGAUGUGUAUCAGAGACUAAUAGCUCUUCUGUAGUUCUGGCAGGACUAUAUGUGGAAUAUGAAAUAUUAAUGUCAGAAUAAGCUGCUCAGGGUCGAUUGGUAUUGAAUAUUUCAUCAUCUCCUGAUUGAGCGCAGCGAGUGGUGUGUAUGAAAGAUGUGGGAGGGGCCACACACACACACACACACACACACACACACACAAGCUCUAACAGCUACACAUACUUAACUGUACGCUCUGGGUCAGGAGAUGGUGGUGUUGAUAAGAAAACAAGCCCAUACAAGAGAGAGACCCUAUUGUUUGCUCGUGGGAUAAUGAUCUUGUGAAAGUAUAAUCGUGUAGGAGUUUUGUCAGGGACUGAAUGAGGCCAUUACCGCUUCCAUUUGGGGUCUCAGUGGGACACCUGUGCUCUGUUUGUGUGUUUUUGUGUGUGUGUGGACUCUUGAGUUAUAUGUGUGCACUAAGUAGUUCUCUUGAAGUGAUUCUAAGUGCUCAUAAAGUUCAUAUAUCUUUUGUUGGUGUAAGAUUAAACGGCAGUGUGCGUAAAGACAUGGGUGAACUUGAGAGAGACUGACACAGGGAGAUAAAGGGAGGAGGAGGAGGCAGUGAAACCACCAUUGGGGAAGUCUGAAGCCUCAUGUCAGUUUCCGCUGUGCAAAUCAGAGGAAGAGUUUAGGAGAGCGAAGCUGCGUGUCACAUGGGUUCAACACUGCUUUAGCGUUUAAAGACCACCAGACGAUCAGCUGCAAAAGAGCCGUUUGGAAAAGAAAGAAGAGUCCUUCCAUGCAGUCGUGGCUGGGAUAAAAUGGAUGACAGGAAUGACGGUGUGCGGGUUGGAGAGAACAAAUUCAUCAGCAAGAGAAGCAUUCUCUCUCAUUUAAAGACCUACAAUCUCUACUAUGAAGGAAAGAACCUGCAGUUACGCCACAGAGAGGAAGAGGAGGAGCUGAUCAUAGAAGGACUUCUCAAUAUCUCAUGGGGUUUGCGUCGACCAAUCAGGCUUCAGAUGCAGGAUGACCACGAGCGAAUCAGACCUCCUCCCUCCUCUACCUCCUGGCACUCAGGGUGUAACCUUGACAACCAGAGUCAGGAGGGUCAGAAACAGACUCCUCAAACUCCACCUCAGAUGGAAGUGACGCCCCCCGAGGACUACUCGAGCAACGGCACAACACAAGACCAUGAAGAAGAAGAAGAUGCGUGUGACGUCUCCGCUCAGCUUCUUAGAACCAAAAGUGAUGCUGGUGUACUGAGACGGGGCAGGAAACGGUCUCCCAGCGACCAGCGGCGAAUCAGAAGGCACAGAUUUUCCAUCAACGGUCACUUCUACAACCACAAGACGGCUGUGUUCACUCCUGCGUAUGGUUCUGUAACUAACGUCCGGAUCAACAGCUGCAUGACCACACCACAGGUGCUGCGGGUGUUACUGAAUAAGUUUAAGAUCGAGAACAGCCCGGAUGACUUCGCCCUCUACCUCGUUCAUGCCAGCGGAGAGCGUGUUCAGCUGAAGCGUACGGAUUACCCGUUAGUAGUGAGAAUACUUCAGGGACCAUGUGAGCACGUCUGCAAGAUCUUUCUCAUGGAGCAGGAUCUGGGAGAAGAGAUUCCCUAUGAAGUGGCGCAGUACAUCAAAUUUGAGAUGCCUGUCCUGCGGAGUUUUAUUAUCAAACUGAAGGAAGAGGAGGACAGGGAGGUGCAGAAGCUGAGAAGCAGGUACAAGUAUCUGCGGUGUAUCAUUGAGAAGCAGCUCCAGUGUUUACCAGAAGGCUCCACCUGUAUGUGACGAGCACACUCCCCUCGUUAUCAAUCAGUGGACUUCCAGACUAAAUUUCAUCAGUCCCGUCUGUCCUAAAUGAUUGUUAACCACUAAUAUGCAUUGAUAUUUGCUGACCAGUGAAGAUGGAUGGUACAUCUUGUUAUAUAAACAUUCUUUGUAUAUUUUUCUCUGGUGCUGUAGGGAAUCACAUGCAGGUACAAUAAUAUAAAAGCACAUUCCACUAAACCAGGGAAUUUCAUCAUCCAGUGAUCACUGGAAAGAGCAAUUAUAACGACAAGCACAAAGUAACAAAGAUAAAUUCUUACAACUUUAGUAUUAUUUGUUUGGUUUAACCCAUUAAAAAGGGUGACGACUGACUGAUCACUUUACAUGUUGGAUGUAUUGAGAAUACAUGCGGUCUGAGCCAACCUGUUGUACCAUCUGAUUGCAAUUCCAUUAGACCAACGUCUCUUUUAGACAGUGAUUAAAAAUCUCUUUGUUCCAGAAUGGUGAGAAGCGAAGUAAAAGACUGUGAAUUUAAAGGAUGAUUGAAAACGGAGUGAAGCAGCACAAGGGACUGCCGCGUCUGAAUAUCUGAAUGUUGUUUGGGAUGUCUGAGUGAGCGAGUUUGUAUGACUGGUAUGCAUGUUUGGGCACCUGAAGAGGACGGACAGCAUGGCUGUAGUUGAGAAAGAGCUUCAUAUUUUUCUUUUACAUUUAGACUCUCAUUCACACCUAUGACUGGCCUCUGUGUUGUCAUACUUCUGAUAUUUCAUCUGGCAUGUGUUUAUAUGAUACUGAUUGUAAAACUGAGAAUAUGGUGAUAAUUAUAUUUAAAUAAAAUGUUAUCAUCAGAACGUU